CCUCUCUACCCAGGGGCAGUCCUUUGUCCUCAGAAAUGUGCCCCUUCCCCUCUCCCUUGUUCUUUUCCCCUUCUCCCUCACCCUCAGUCUCCCUGUCUUUGUUUUGUAUUCCCUGCCUUCUGUCCUCCUGUAGCAAAUAAAUCUUCCUUUGUGUUGGGAACUUUUGGCCUUCCAGAGCCAAUGAUCCUUUUCCUAACAGGAUUGAGCCCAAGGCCUUAUAUGUGUGUGUGUUCUUUGUAACAUCUUUAUUUACUUGUGUGUAUGUGUAUGUUUCAGAGGUACGUGUGCUACAGCAUUACAGCAUGCAUGUGGAGGUCAGAUGACAACUCGAAGAAUCAGGUUUUUCCCUUCUUCCACCAUGUGGGUCCCAGGGAUGGAACUCUGGUCAGUAGGCAUCACGGCAAGCAGCUGCACCCACUGAGACACCUCAUUUACCCUUUGUGUGUGACGUGUGCAAGCACAUGUGCUAGCUGUCUGUGGAAGCCAGAGAACAAAUUUGUGGAGUUAGUUCUCUCCUAUCUGGUGUAGAACUCAGGCCGGGCAAAUGCCACCUCAGCUCGAUUCUUGUGCAUAUUUUCUGUUAUGUCUAAAAUUUGGGUUAUAUUCCACUUGUAUAGUGUUAUUCCUGAAUUCCCUUAGAUGUCCCUUCGAUGUUAUUAAGAAUCUCUUUGGUUGGCUUCAUAGUAGUUUCCCUAACCACCCCUUCACUGUGAACAAGCGGUUUCCUUUGAGCUUUUUCAAGAUCACAGGGAUGCAAAUUGCUGCCCACAUAUUUUAUUUGUAUUUCUUAUUUUUAGGACACAUUCCUUGGAGUGGAAUGACUGGGUUGAAGGAUAUAAAGCUCUUUUAAGCCUCUUUAAGCCAAAAUAUUUCCUCUAAAAGGUUUUGCCAAUUGACAACUAAAGGUCAGAAUCUUAACGUGGGCUUUGUUCAAACAAAGCAGCCUCUGCAGAGUAGGGACAGAGCUCACAGGUUGGAAGGCAUCCUGGUUAUGGUGUCCUGGUUAUGGUUGUCCCCAAUACAGUGAGAGGGGAGUGACGACAGCUGAGCUUCGUUCAGUGGGCAGGCGCUUCUUCGGUUUUUAUGAACCAAUGAGGAAAAAAAAUGAAGUUGGGGUAAUGGUUUGGGGGAACAAUUCCUGCUUGAGCAGAGACAAUCUGUCAACAAGACCCAGCACUUACUGGGCACUGUGAAACUAUCCUGAAACGCCAACACCAAGCAGUAGAGGCAUGAGGAGGAUCAGGAGUUCAAGAUUCUCCAAGCGAACAUAACCAGUUCCAGGAUAGCCUGGGUUAUGUGAGCCUCCGUCUCAAAAAAACAAAAACGCGGACCACAACACCAAGAAUCCAACACUUAGUUAUCCUUCGUGGAAAAAAUAUCACUCUAGACGCCCACAGGACUGCGAAGGAAGGAGGUGGCGACGGUGCGUGGGAAGCAGUUAGACGAGGUCUGGCCCUUUAAAUCCGCGUCGGUUUCCCAUGACGUCAGCGGGCGGGCGCAGCCCCGCUGUUUACCGCGGCGCGGCGCCUGGUGGCCCCGAGUUCUGUGCCGCGUCCGCCGCCCUUAAAGGGCCCGCGUCCGGGAAGCCUACGGGCCAGGGCCACCGCCGCCUCGGCUCUCCGGGCGCGAGCGGACGCCGGGUCUCCAGCCGGGCUGGGCCGGGCUGGGGUUGCGGGUCGCGGUGCCGCCCACGCGAGCCGGGGUCCGCGCGAGGCCCAGGAGCGGCUCCAGGGAGGGGACGCGUCCUAUCUCAGGCCGGGGUUAAAGUUCUGGUCCCGGUGAGAUGCUGGAAGCUGCUGCGGCAGCCGCAACGCGCCCGGUCGCCGUCCCGUCGCCAGCCCCCGCCGCCCCGGGCCAUGAUCGCCUGGCGUCUGCCCUUGUGCGUGCUCCUGGUGGCCGCCGUCGAGAGCCACCUGGGGGCUCUGGGGCCCAAGAACGUCUCGCAGAAAGACGCGGAGUUUGAGCGCACCUACGCGGACGACGUCAACAGCGAGCUAGUCAACAUCUACACCUUCAACCACACCGUGACCCGCAACCGGACCGAGGGCGUGCGAGUGUCUGUGAACGUCCUGAACAAACAGAAAGGGGCGCCUUUGCUGUUCGUGGUCCGCCAGAAGGAGGCUGUUGUGUCCUUCCAGGUGCCCCUAAUCCUGCGAGGGCUAUACCAGCGUAAGUACCUCUACCAAAAAGUUGAACGAACUCUGUGUCAGCCCCCCACCAAGAAUGAGUCUGAGAUCCAGUUUUUCUAUGUGGAUGUGUCUACCCUGUCACCAGUCAAUACCACUUACCAGCUCCGAGUCAACCGUGUGGACAAUUUCGUGCUCAGGACUGGGGAGCUGUUUACCUUCAAUACCACUGCAGCCCAACCCCAGUACUUCAAAUACGAGUUUCCUGAUGGUGUGGACUCUGUCAUUGUCAAGGUGACCUCCAAGAAGGCCUUCCCCUGCUCUGUCAUCUCCAUCCAGGAUGUCCUGUGCCCAGUCUAUGAUCUUGACAACAAUGUAGCCUUCAUCGGCAUGUACCAGACAAUGACUAAGAAGGCAGCCAUCACUGUGCAGAGGAAAGACUUCCCCAGCAACAGUUUUUAUGUGGUGGUGGUGGUGAAGACUGAGGACCAGGCCUGCGGGGGGUCCUUGCCCUUCUACCCUUUCGUGGAAGAUGAACCAGUGGAUCAAGGGCACCGUCAGAAAACCCUGUCAGUGCUGGUCUCUCAGGCUGUCACUUCUGAGGCCUACGUUGGUGGGAUGCUCUUUUGCCUGGGCAUAUUCCUGUCGUUCUACCUGCUGACUGUGCUGCUGGCCUGUUGGGAGAACUGGAGGCAAAGGAAGAAGACCUUGCUGGUGGCCAUAGACCGAGCCUGCCCAGAAAGCGGUUGGGCCCUUGGCUCACCCCUCCAUAGCCACCUGGAAACUGUCCUUUGCCCGUACUGGUGUCUCAGGCAGUGCCACUCAGCCUCAGGUCACCCUCGGGUCUUGGCUGAUUCGUUUCCUGGCAGUGCCCCCUAUGAGGGUUACAACUAUGGCUCCUUUGAGAAUGGUUCCGGAUCCACUGACGGGUUGGUUGAAAGCACAGGUUCAGGGGACCUCUCCUACAGUUACCAGGGGCACGACCAGUUCAAGCGGCGCCUUCCCUCUGGCCAGAUGCGGCAGCUGUGCAUUGCCAUGGACCGCUCCUUUGACCCAGUGGGAGCUCGGCCACGACUGGACUCCAUGAGCUCCGUGGAAGAGGAUGACUAUGACACACUGACUGACAUCGACUCAGACAAAAACGUCAUUCGAACCAAGCAAUACCUCUGUGUGGCUGAUCUGGCACGAAAGGACAAACGUGUUUUACGGAAAAAGUACCAGAUUUACUUCUGGAACAUAGCCACCAUUGCAGUCUUCUACGCCCUUCCUGUGGUGCAGCUGGUGAUCACCUACCAGACGGUGGUGAAUGUCACGGGGAACCAGGACAUCUGCUACUACAACUUCCUCUGUGCCCACCCACUGGGCAACCUCAGCGCCUUCAACAACAUCCUCAGCAACCUGGGGUACAUUCUGCUUGGUCUGCUCUUCCUGCUCAUCAUCCUGCAGCGGGAGAUCAAUCAUAACCGGGCCCUGCUGAGAAAUGACCUCUAUGCUCUGGAGUGUGGGAUCCCCAAACACUUUGGUCUAUUUUAUGCCAUGGGCACAGCGUUGAUGAUGGAGGGGCUACUGAGUGCCUGUUACCACGUCUGCCCCAACUACACCAACUUCCAGUUCGAUACCUCGUUCAUGUACAUGAUUGCUGGCCUCUGCAUGCUGAAGCUCUACCAGAAGCGGCACCCAGAUAUCAACGCCAGCGCCUACAGCGCAUACGCCUGCCUGGCCAUUGUGAUCUUCUUCUCCGUCCUGGGUGUGGUUUUUGGCAAAGGGAACACAGCCUUCUGGAUCGUCUUCUCAGUCAUCCAUAUCAUUUCCACGCUUCUCCUCAGCACUCAGCUGUAUUACAUGGGCCGCUGGAAGCUGGACUCCGGAAUCUUCCGCCGCAUCCUUCAUGUGCUCUACACAGACUGCAUCCGGCAGUGCAGCGGGCCCCUUUACACGGACCGCAUGGUGCUUCUGGUCAUGGGCAACAUUAUCAACUGGUCGCUGGCUGCCUACGGACUCAUCAUGCGCCCAAAUGACUUUGCGUCCUACUUGCUGGCAAUUGGCAUCUGCAACUUGCUGCUGUAUUUUGCUUUCUACAUCAUUAUGAAGCUCCGGAGCGGCGAGAGGAUCAAGCUCAUCCCUCUGCUCUGCAUCGUGUGCACCUCCGUGGUCUGGGGCUUCGCACUCUUCUUCUUCUUCCAGGGACUCAGCACGUGGCAGAAAACCCCCGCAGAGUCCAGGGAGCACAACCGAGACUGCAUCCUCCUUGACUUCUUUGAUGACCACGACAUCUGGCACUUCCUGUCCUCCAUUGCUAUGUUUGGGUCCUUCCUGGUUUUAUUGACGUUGGAUGACGACUUGGACACUGUACAGCGGGACAAGAUCUAUGUCUUCUAGCAGCGUCUGUGGUCCAGGCUUCACUUCAUGGGCCCAGCGCCUCUGCGUCACCUUCCAGUUGCCACAGGAGCACCAAGGGUGUGAGUCCCAGCUCUGCUACCCAGCACUGGACGUCGUGGCAAGACAGCGAGUUCCAGCUCAGGCCUGACUCAGGACAGUUACUGGUGACACUGAACCUUGCAGUUACCUCUGCUGCGGAGGAGGCCUGCUCCGCAACCCCAGACACUGGCCAAAUUGCUGCUGCUUGCUUCUCAGUGUCCGGUCCUCCCCAGGACCCUGGUCUGUCCAUCUGUCUUGUUUAUCCACUGGCUCUCCAUUUGUCCCUUUGGAGAGGAAGGCAGGAAGUCAAUGUCCUGCCCCCUUCAUGCCUUGCAUUCUACCCAUCCCUUCCCUCCUUUUGGCCUAGGACACAGCCUUUCUUCUUCCCGUGCUCUGCCCCAGGACAUAGUCUGGUGCCUGAUUCUCUGUCCAGCACCAGGACCUACAUUCUCCCUGGGUCUGUAGCUGGCUAUCACUGCCCACUCUGGCCUGCCAGGAUGGAUGCAGGUAGGAGACUUUGGGGGCUGGCCGGCUGGUGCCAGGCUUUCGGUGCUAAGGCCCACAAGGGGUCUAGGUACGACCCUCCUCCCUGACCUGUGCGUGGAGCUGGCUCUACAGCAGUGAGGGCCAGCCCAGGCUGAAUCUUUUGAUCUGGGGACUGAAUUCAGAGGCCACCUCAUCCUACCAGCCACUAGAAUGAUGCCAGCACCGGGGUUGGUGGGAAGUGGCAACUUACUGUCCUCUUCCGUACCCUCAGUCCUGCCAAGCCCCAGAUGGGGGCCCCUCAGUGCCAUUGACACUGCCCAAGAAUGUCCAGAGGCCAUGGGAUGGUGCCAAGCACACAACCCCUUUUGCCUCUUUCAGGGGAGCAGGAGUCCCAGUGCCUGUCUUAGAAAGGGAGGGACAUGCCAAGUCCCUGUGAGUCCUUAGUCCUGUCUCACCAAAGGACUCAGGGCUGGUUUCUGAGUUUCCGUCCAGUAUUUAGCCAAGUUCUGUGUUAGUCACAUAGGCCUAAGAGCCUUGACGUUUACAGAGUCACCCAGCUCUGGCCCCUGGCCACUCUGGUCCUUGGCGUUUACAGAGUCACCCAGCUCUAGGCCCCGGCCACUCUAGUCCUUGGCUAUCCUUCACUCCACCAGGUCCAUUCCAGAUGCCAAGAGUCCUCUCCACCAUGGUUUUCUAGCUCUUGGGCUGGGAGAAGAGGCAGGUCUGGGCCUUUGUUUCUGAGCUCUGUUCUGUGUUCCUCCAUGCUACGGUUGCAAUUCUGUUUUCUAUGAACGAGUGCAUUCAAUAAAGACAGCCCGACCUGGGAUCUGGUCUUA